AAUGGUUGCCUUUUGCUUUGCUGGUAUUGCAACUGGAAAACUGAAGCAUGUCUGGAGUGAUUUUGUGUGUGUGUGUGUGUAUCGGUUGCGCUUGUGUUUGUGUCAGUUUGUAUUUUAUGCCAAAGAAGACCAUGAGUGUGUUCUGGAAAAAGCCCAAAGAAAUCAGGCUAAUCAGGCAGAAGAUGGUUAUGGAAGAGCUAUUUUGAGCUAGGCUUAUAGCUGUAAGGGCCGCCCCCGUACCUGGGAAGGAAGGAAGGAAGGCCACCCCCUGUUUUUGUCUCUCUCCCCUCUCCACACACACAACCUUUCCAACCGCUUGUUGCUGUGUGUGUAUGUGUGUGUUAGUCGACAAAAGGGAGGAGGCAGCAGUGAGGCAAAGAGAGGAGGAGUCUCCCUGGCCAGGCGUCCCUUCUACUCAGUUGUUUUCUUCCCUUUUUCAUCUCACCAGACGUCACACAGCCGUGUAACUGUAAUACAAGAAGUGAAAGAGGCUGAGAGAACAGGCUCAACUUCUAACCCUGAACAAAGGCAAAAAGGAUUUGUCAAGGCGCUACCUCUCUCCCUCUUUCCUCCGCCUCUAAACCCCCCCCCCCCCCAAGAAGUGGAGGUGGAGAAAAGCUACCGCCUGGGAUAAUCAGACCAGGCUCACUUUCUGUGGGAGAAGAAGCCAGCUCUCGAGGCUACAGGGCUGUCCUGUUGGAUUAUGUAGGGAUCUGCCUGGAGAAGUCCUGACUCCGAAGGAUUUUAUGGCCUUUAAGAAUUGAAAAGUUGAAAUAUGACUUUAACAUUCAAUAUUCAAGCAGAGUGAACAAGAACUACACUGAAAGCUGCAACAGAUAAAACAAAAUGAAGGUUUUGUUUGCCAUUUGAUUCAGAAACAUCAAUGAACGCUUAUAUCCAGAAUGCUCUCAAGCUGAGAAGCAAUUUGAAUAUAGGAAUGAAGAGAUAGAGGCUUGGUAAGAAACAUCCCCAAUAGAAAUUUCAACAUAAUUUUCCACUCCUGGGCAGGGCUUUUACCUGUUGACUGAUGUUGUUGGAAUACAGAUGGAUUGUAGUGUAGGUGCAAACAUGGAAUUACGAAGAGCCUCCAGUCCUCACAGGAUGAAUAAGAAUGAUGUGGAUGCAGACAAAUCCAUGUUGCACAGCUGCUGCAUUUGUGGCAAGAGUUUUCCCUUCCAGAGCUCACUCUCACAACACAUGAGGAAGCACACAGGGGAGAAGCCCUAUAAGUGCCCUUACUGUGAUCACAGAGCUUCCCAAAAGGGCAACUUAAAGAUCCAUAUCCGGGGUCAUAGAACAGGCACAAUAAGCCAGAGGAAUGACGUGGAGACGGUGGGAGAGGCCCCACUUAAUGAGAUGAAGGUCUUCGAAGGCUUUGAUGGUUGCACCAGCCCUACCAAAAGCACCUCUGCUUGCAACAAAAUAUUGAAUGGAACAGUUCCCUCAGAGGAUAGCAAGAUCUUGCUCAGAAGCAGCAGAAAAGAGGCAUUGGCCGAUGAUGUUAAAUUAUGUACUGUUCAGUGCAACUUCUGUAAAAGCAAAUUUGAAGGGAAGAAAGAGUUGGAGCAACACAUACAUCAAGUCCACAAGCCUUUCAAAUGUAGGCUGUGUAAUUACAUGACCCUAAGACAGGAGACCCUUUUAAACCACAUAGAAAGAGAUCAUAUUACAACUCAAAUUCCAAAUGGGGAAGCCUACCCUGAGACUUGUAAGCCUGAGUCCAGUGCUGGAGAAUUCCCUUGUGAAGUCUGUGGACAAGCCUUUAGUCAAACAUGGUUCCUCAAAGCUCAUAUGAAGAAGCAUCGAGGGACAUUUGACCACGGGUGUCACAUUUGUGGCCGGAAAUUUAAAGAGCCCUGGUUCCUUAAAAACCACAUGAAAUCUCAUGGCCCCAAAUCUGGGAGUAAAAAUAAGCCAAAAAGUGAUUUAGAGCCCAUUGCCACUAUCAAUGAUGUCAUUCAAGAAGAGACAAUUGUGACUGGAUUAUCCCUCUAUGAAGUUUGUACCAAGUGUGGAAACCUGUUUACAAAUAUGGAGAGCCUAAAAGCACAUAAUUCUGUACAUUGUAAGUCUCAAGGAAUUUGCAGUGAUCCCAGAGGAGAGAGACUAAUAGAUGGAGAUUUGGAUUCAUCUAUAGCAAAACAGUUUUUCUUCCAAUAUCUGAACUUGAGGCCGUCUGUAUGGAUAGAAGGUGUUUCAAGGGGCCAGUCAGGUAAAAGAGUAGCUGAGCUGGAUCCAGUCAACAGUUACCAAGCUUGGCACUUGGCUACCAAAGGGAAAGUUGCAGAGCCUUCUGAGUAUGUUAAGUAUUUAGGAUGGGAUGAAGUUUUGGCAGAUGCUGAUGUCACGUAUGACAGGGAUAAAAGGGAAUAUAUUCUUGUUAGUCAAGAGAAACGCAAGCAAGACCAAGAUUCAUCCAACUCUUCCAGUAAUCCAAAGAAGAAGAACUGCACAGGUGGCCGUUCAGAGAAAAGCAAUAAUGCACAAGCAGGGGACAACUGCAUCCUUGGUCAAGAUGACCUAGAAUACAGACCAUCCUCCCGUCAAAGCAGAAGGGCAUCACAGAACAAGUCCACCGAGUGCUUUGAGUGUGGCAAGAUCUUCCGCACAUAUCACCAAAUGGUCCUUCAUUCCCGAGUCCACAGGAAAGAACGCCGAAGCUUCAGUGAAGGCGGUUCAGUAGUUCAGCAUGAUAGAUAUGGUUCCAAUAGUGAGGAUGGUGAUUCUGGAUCUGUGAGUGCACCAAGUACACCAAGUUCUGCUUCUGCUCAAGAAGAUUCAGUCACCUCUGGAAUAGGUGAAGAGGGUCCUGAGGAUAGUUCUGAGGAAGGAAUACAUGAGCCAUCCCCAUGUAAAAAACCAUUUCUCUGCAAUUUUUCUGCCGAAGAUGCAUCUGGGACAGCCAUACAGCUCAAUCAGGAAAGAAACAAUAGAGAAAAAAAUGCUGUGGAAUCUAAACCCGAAGUGCUAAAGGUGGCAUCUACACCACAGGACAAGAUCAAAGAACCAUUUCCAAAAUAUGUGGAUUGCAAAAUUUACCCUGAUUCAAAGAUGUCAGCAUUUCAGCAAAGUUGUGAUUUUCCUUGUUCCAGUAAGACUGCUGAUGUGAGACUGAGUUUGCAAAGCCCCUUGGAAAUUCAGCAGAAGCUCGCUAAAGAAAUCCUUGUAGAGAUGAAUGAACAUGCUGCGCUCAAUAAAGAUACAGAGAUGUCUGAAAAGACUCCAUUAGAUCUAAGCGAGAAAUCAACUAGGGCUGAUUCGAGUUUUACCUCAACCUUGCAGGCUGCUCUGAUUGUCCACCGAUGUCCUUAUUGCAGUCAUAAAACUUACUAUCCAGAAGUCCUGUGGAUGCACAAAAGAAUUUGGCACAAAGUUAGUUGUAAUUCUAUGGCUCCUGCUUGGGUUCUUCAAAAUGGAUUCAAGAGUAUAAAACAUAAUUCUGUUUUUAUGGCAAGAAGUGGGCGCACUGGACCACCUCCUGUACUUGGUGGGAAAGAAUGCCAACCUUUGCCUAUAGCCAGAUUUACACGUACUCAGGUGCCGAGUGGGUUGUCAGGAUCCAAAAAUAAUAAUUAUUCUGAUAUUGCUGUAUCUCCUAAGCCCGGGGCUAUGGCAAAAGAUGCACCAUCCACUGGGGGCUGUGGUCCGCAACCAUCAGCUACUGAUGGAUAUAGACCACCCAAACUUAACCACACUCAUGAACAAUACAGUACCCAGCAGCCCCAAUUAAAAUCAAAAUUUGAUGUGAACUCCAAAUUGAUGCAGACGGGAAACUUUAGCAGAAAUUCAACGCCUUCCCAUACAGUGAUAUCUAAACCUAGCGGACAGCCCUCCAGUAGCAGAGAAACAGAAAAGUACGUAGUCCCUCAAGUAAAUGCUGGAUCUGCUCCUUUAAUCAAGCAUUGUACUCCAGAUACAGGGAAGGCCAAAUUUUUAUCUCCAUCUCAGUACUACCCUCUGUGUAAAACUGAGCCAUGCAUUACUCAAGAACCUCCAUCAAUGCCUCAGCAAGAACCCACCGCCAAGAGGGAAAGUGAAAUGAGAGCAUUGAUCAAUUGUACUGGAGGAUCCAGAACAAGUCCUUUGAUGCAACCUCAGCCCGUUGCAGCAGGACCUCCUCCAACUGUACAUUCCACCAAACAGGAGCCAUCCCCUGAGGGGCAUGAGAAAUGUUUGGAUAUUGUAAACAUCUUAAAGACCUCCAUUCCAAAGGAUCUGGCUACUUUCUACCAAACCUGGGGUGCCAAUAGCCCCGUAAUGGACCGUGCUGGGAUGCUUAGGACACAAACGCGCCAAGGAGACUAUCUCUGUGUAGAGUGUGGGAAGGGCUUCACACAGCCAAGCCACCUCAGGACCCACAUGAGGUCUCACACAGGUGAGAGACCAUUCCAAUGCAGAUAUUGUCCGUACAGUGCCUCUCAGAAAGGGAACCUAAAAACGCAUGUCCAGUGUGUACAUCGGGUCCCCUUUGACAACAGCCAGUACCCUGACCUACGGUUCCCAUCACCUCCAAAUAAUUACUCCAUCAACCCUUUAGAAGGCCAGCUGGAAAACAUCUUUACAAUCUCUCCAGUCCCUGGAGCAACUGUGUUAUAGCGAAGACUCCGGCUCCGUGCUUUGCUAGAAGAGUGAUGUCUCUGAACUGUUAAUCAUUUUAAAAUAAAUGAAGACCCUACUCAAGAUAUAUACAAAUUGACAUAGUAAUCAGUCCCCACAGUUCCUUAUUUCCUUUGUAAUAAACAGAAGAGCUGGCAAGCUUUGGGGUAGUGCAAAGCAUAUAUAUUAAUCAAGAUAACAUUUUUUUUUAGACACUGGAAAAAAUUAAACGUCAUAUAUUUGGAGGAUGGCACUGCAACCGAAUCUUCCCUCGUGGUGGGUUUGAAGUUUUAUUUUUUAUUUAAAAGGAAACACACACCCAGGGUGGAUUUGGGAAAUGCGGGAAGGAGUGAUUAAGCAACUGUCACGCAACUUUGAAAACAAAAAACAAAAAGGAGGAAGGAAGGAAGGAGUCGUUCAGUGCUGUAUAAGCCAAACUUGAUGAAGGACAGAAGGGACAAAAGGGAGAGACCAUCAUUCUGCAGUGAGGUUGUUUCAUGAUAGUUUGGGGACCACUUCCAUUUCCAGUGGGCUGAUCCUUGACUGCACACCAUUAAUAGUACGUGAAUAUGGAAAUUGAAAACACUUCUUAAGAAAUGCUUCUCUUCUCACUUUGGCAAGAAGAAGAAAAAAAACAGCUGGUCAAACACUAAGAAGAAAAAGAAAAAAAAGGCUUCUGUGUGUGUGGUUUUUCUUUUGCUCCCCCUCUCAGGGCCUUCCUGUUUGUUUAAUCUGCUUUUUCUUUCUUUUAAAAUGCAGUUUUCCAUGAUCUAUCACAAAGGAAGUAUGCAUGCUUUUAAAAAUUAGAUUAAAAAGGGGGGGACCCCUCCUAGCUUUUUAAAGCUGCUGAUUGAUACACUUAUAAUACAUUUUAAAAACAGAUGUUUAGGCAUACUUCUGGUUUUACGAUACUGGAGAUGACUGCAUUUCUGUGCAGCAAGACCAAGUACCUUUCAUGGACCCUUCUAACCUUUUUUUUGCCCGGGGGGGGGGGGUUCUCUUCUUUGUGAUGGCAAGCUUCCCUAAUCUAGUGUUUUCUAGAUGAGCUGGAAUUUCCCAGAAGAUUCUAGAAAGCCUGGCUGUUGGCCAUGGGUGGCUUGGACUUCUGGGAAGUGCAAACUCAGCAAGUUUGAUGGCACAGGGUGAUUCGGCAUGGUAGUCACUGGAGUAGCUGGGGGAGAAAAGGCGCUUUAUAUACCUCUUCUACAGUAACUUUUUAAAAUGCAAGUUUUUAAAGGUAAGAGGGAAGAAGCAGCAGGUUGUUCACACAGGGUCUUGUUCAAAAGUAUAUCCCACGUGUACUUUUUCCUUCUCUUGCUAUGACACUGUGUGACGGUAAUAAUUCAGAAUUUCAGAUUUUGCACAUAAACAAUUUUAUGCAUCAUCAUCGUCAUCAUCAAGAAAAAAAAAUGCUGCCUUGAACAUAUUUGUGAAUGUUUUUCUUUUGCAAAAAAAAAAAAGCUUUACUAGUUUUUUUUUAAUUGUAACAUUUUUGUAAAGGCAGGAAAUGGAUUUUUAAAGAAAACUAGCAUGCUAAUUAUAUUUUUCAAAAAAGCAAUAAUUUUACAUGUACAGAAAUAGCACUAAUCUUUUAAUACUGAUGGAGAGCAACCAUUUACUUCUACAAUAAUGGGAUAGUGCUUUUUUCUCUCUAGAAGACGGGGUUACUCAAAAGAUUUUUUUAAUAUGUAUUUUUUUUUCCUAUUCUGAUUUUGUGUUGUCUAUAUUUGAAUUGGGAUUCUACUUGUUGCAAGUUACUUGACUGUUCUUGCUUUGCUGUUAACUAUAAUGCAGUUGUAAUAUUCGUAUAUAAUUUGCCAGUUUGGAAUUUUUAUUUUAUUUUAUUCCUCAUACUUCUGCACCAGCUGUAAGCCAAGCCAGCUGUAACUCUGGAUUAGUAUAAAAUGUCUGUGCAGAUGUUGUGUAACUGAUUAAUCUGUUUUGAAGUUACCUUGCAGAAAUUCACACAGACAUUCCAGACCUCCCUUUUUCUGUCUCCUGCAUCACACUUCAUCCUCAUUUCCUUCAUAUCAUCUAUUUUUAUGAAUCAGAUGGCACCAAAAUAUCCCUAACUGGUCAAUUAGGGAUCCAUAAUCAAGUGCUACAUUUUCCUCCUUCAAUCACUUAUUUUUCCUUAUUUUAAGUAAACAAGUGAGGAUUCAGGAAUGCCUGCAGGUAAUUUCUUUGUCCAAAAUUCUGUGUAUCCGCCCCCCCCCCUAUUAUUUGAGUGUCCCAUACAACUAUCACAAUCUUCGUUGCUUGAUUUAUGUGUGUAUUUUAUUUUUGAAUCAUGCUUGGUGAGUGGUGUCUUUGAUUUCAUUAAUUCUUUAUUUUUAAUAAUAUUUUUUGUCUUUGCGAACUGAUCUAGAAGGAUCUUAGUUAUUAUUUAGAGUUUCAGAGCUUUUCCUGAAGAUUGUCUGACACACAAAGAGGAAAGGACUGUCAUUGCCAUUACUAGGGUACUAAUCAGCAAAGUUUACAAUCAUCAUUUAGCUUCACGAAGAACAACAGCAGGGGAAAUCAGUUUAAAUAAUUAUAUGCUGUGUAUAGCACAGAAAUGAGAUUUUCACUUAAUUAAACAAGAAAUGGGGAGGGAGAAGGGGAGCUGUCAUUAAAGACCACCAUAUUACGUGUGAAUUCCAAGCUUUGUAAUUUUUCCCGUUUCUCAUCCAUAUUGUAUCAAUUUGUUAAUUCAGUUAGAUCCUAGUGUUUAGUAUGAUUUGUGCUCCUUAUUUAUUUAGCUAUUUGGGUUUAAAGUAGCUUUUUUUUUUUGAAAAAAAAAAGAGGAAACAUGAUAAUUUUGUAGCAUGACACAUUUUUGUAAGCCAUCUUCUGACUGUUACAGCGACUCUGCUACCUCUGUCAAUCUGUUUCUUUUCCUUAACAGGUUUUCUACAGUGUUUCAGUCUAAUGUACCUUAGACAAUAAAGGUUCCAUAAUGAGCAGUG